AUGCUCCUCUACGUCCUGCAAGGGCUAUUUCAUCCUGCCCGGAAAGUACGGGAAGUAUACUGGCGAAUAUAUAAUAUGCUUUACAUUUACGCACAAGAGGGUCUUGUCCCGUUCUAUCCAAGCAUGCGAUGUGCCUUGCUCGAGGAAGACGACGACGAAUACGGGCCAGAACGAUACGAACGCUCAGAGCUUUUGAAUAUCAUUUAA